CUUGUAUUAGUAUAAUUGGAAAAAAUGAAGUAUACAAAUUAAAGUUUGCAAAUACUAAAAAAGAAUGUGCACGACAUAUUAAAAGUUGUCAAAAUUUUGUGCAAAAAUAUAAUUCACAGCAAAUAGAAAAUCUUCUCAAUGAUGCGGCAAAAGAUGGUGCAAAGUUAAAAUCAUCUAAAAAAAGAUGUCAUACAAAAUCAUCUUCAUCUAAUGAAUCAUCUGUUGAUGACAAUAAUUCAAUGCUUAAGCAAAAUAAAAAUAAUAACUUGGAAGAAACAUUAUCAA